AUGGUCUCUAAGACUGUUUGCACUGUUCUCAAAUGCCUUCUGGUUCUUACAGUUGUUGCCUCAUUGAUAGGCAACUGUGUCCUGAUAUGGCUCAACACCCAGGGCACUCCAAAGUGCCCUGCUCAACAGGUAAAUCCAUUCCAAUCUGCAGUGCACAAUGAACGCAGUGAUGUCUUUGCUGACCUCUCGGCGACGGAGUUUUAUAAGGUACGUGACUACAUGUGGAAGAUCCCAGGGAUGAACAUCAAAUUACACCCGGCAACACCUCCUUCAGCUAACUACCUGUAUUCGAUCGAACUCUCCCUGCCAAAGAAAAAGGAUGUUUUGCACUAUCUUGAUACCAACGGGCCGAAACCAGCAAGAGAGGCGACAGUUGUGGUUUUUCAUGGCACUGAGAACAACAUAAAGGAAUAUGUCGUGGGUCCUCUCCCCAACCCAACCUACCACCGUGAUGUUACCUUUGAGAGGUAUAAAAUGGACAUCCCUUUGACUGCACGUCCUAUAUAUACUGGGGAGUACCUUCUUAUAGAAAAGUUCCUGCAUGAUGUGCUUAAACCAGUAAGCACACUGCUGAAAGACAGUUUUGGUAUACAUUUCUCAACAGAACAAGUUUACUAUGACACCAUGCCUAAGGGUGUUAAGUCAGGGGAAAGACAGUCAUGGUUUGCAUUUUGUCGAAAUGAGGAGGGCUUCUACAUCCACCCAGUAGGCUUUGAAAUCUUAUUUGACCACCAAAGCACCAAUGCUAGUUUUUGGCGUGUGAUGAAAGUGCUUUAUAACGGCCAGUACUUUAACAGCAUACAAGAACUGAAGGACAACUAUGAGGCAGGAACUGUGAGUAAAGUUACCUACAAACCUCUGCCAAACUAUGCAUCACUCAAACCUAAGCAGAAACCCACAGGUAUUGGACCUCAGCAGUUUUACGUACAAGGCAAGCGAUUUAGUGUCAGGAACAACCACGUCGUCUACCUUGAUUGGAGCUUUGCCUUUGGACUGAGUCAACUAAGAGGCAUGAGAGCUUUUGACAUCCGCUUUAAAGGGGAGAGGAUCAUCUAUGAGCUAAGUGUUCAAGAAGCCAUGUCAGUCUAUGCGUCUGUCACCCCAAAUCUUAUGCUCACCAAGUUCCUUGAUGGCAGCUUGGGAAUUGGUCGGUGUGCCUAUGAGUUGGUCCGGGGAGUUGACUGUCCUUAUUCUGCCACCUACAUAGACACUUUACACUUAAUGGACACUGGUGUUCCACGGAAACUCAGAAACUCAAUUUGCAUCUUUGAGCAUGACAUGGGCCAACCUCUAAGGAGGCACUUCUCAGAAUUCAUCUACAGCAGUUAUGGAGGACUAGCAAACAGUGCCUUAGUGUUCAGAACAAUCACAGCUAUAGGGAAUUAUGACUACGUGUGGGAUUUCAUCUUCUAUCAGAGCGGCUCAGUCGAGGCCAAAGUGAUGGCCACCGGCUACAUCGCCUCUUCCUUCAUGGUAAACGGCAGUUAUCCAUUCGGUCACCAAGUGGCAGAAAAUGUCACAGGAAAUGUCCACACCCAUUUUAUCAACUUCAAAGUGGAUGUCGAUGUUUUAGGAUUGAAGAACGUAUUCCAGACCAAAGACAUGGAGUUUGUGAAUGUCUCGCUGCCCUGGAUGCCGGAACACUAUGCCAUGAUCCCUAAGAUAGUGGAGAAACAACUUCGAACAGAACAAGAGGCAGCUCUGCGUCAUGAUGUCAAGACUCCUCGAUAUCUCCACAUUGCCAGUAACCAGACCAACCGUUGGGGCCACCAGCGCUCCUACAGGCUGCAGGUGUACAGCUUCAAUGGGGAUCACCUUCCAGAGAACCAGGCUGAAGAGAGGGCCAUGUCCUGGGCCAGGUAUAAGGUUGCUAUUACUAAGCAGAAGGACUUGGAGGAGAGCUGCGGCAGUCUGUAUAAUCAGCAUGAAAUCUGGAAUCCAGCUGUAGACUUUAGCAAGUUCAUUGAGGACAAUGAAAGUAUUGAAAAUGAGGACCUGGUUGCCUGGGUGACUGCAGGCUUCCUCCACAUCCCUCAUGCUGAGGACAUCCCUAACACAGUGACUGUGGGCAAUGGUGGUGGGGUCCUGCUGCGACCCCACAACUACUUUGAUGAGGACCCAUCCAUCCACUCUGUCGAUGGCGUGUACUUUAGCCCAGGCAGUGAGCAAAGCUGUGACUACAACAGGGUGGCCUGCCUUGAUCAUGACACCUGCACCCCCGAGCUGGAACCCUUCACCUACCAAGGCUUUCAGUAG